AUGUCCAAUUCAAGUCGUGACCGACAACUUCUGCGAGAUUUGAACCGCCUAGACCGCCGACGAGAAGCAGAAGCCACCGACCGCUCUGCCGAAGACGAAACGAGGAGGCAGAGACUGCAGAGAGUGCUUGCGAGACUGUCUCGUUUGGAGAACUCGAGGUCGACAUCUUAUGGCAUCCCGCCCACAGAGCACCAGUCCCUGUACGACUGGGCUCCCACCCGUACCAACGAAGACCAGCUCGAGUCCGACCAAGCUGCUUCGCGCCGUCGUGCCCUGUAUCGUCGCCAUGACCUAAGGAGUGCUGCCAUCAUGCAGAAUGCCCGCACCAGCGUGCUCUCGCCCAGUGCAACACAACAACUCAUCGAAGACACCAACGACUCCCAUGAUGCUAGAAGCGCAUAUCGACGCACGUAUCUGGCUGAUAGCCCUACUGCAAUAGACCCACCGUCCUCGACUUCUGUGUCGCGACCAUCACCUCUGCUCGAGUCUGCCGUCAGAUAUCUUGACGACGUGCGCGAUUGCUCGUCGUACGACGAAUCGCUUUCUUCUGCCUUGGAUCAUGGCCUCUUCACUCCUGAGUGUUAUGAUGACCUUAUAACAGAUACGGGAACCUGCCUGCGCCCACAGCCUUCCUCGUGGCUUGCACCAGGAGCCGUUUUCCGAGGAACCCAACAUACCACCACAUCCGCAAAAGCAUCCUCUGUGCGCUCGCCACCAGCAUUCGAUGCCACUCGUCCAUGGCUGGCCCAUACCCCAAAUCCAUACUCUCGCUCGCUUGCCCCUUCUAUGUCUGGCAAUCCCUUCUCUUAUUUGACAUUACCUCCGCGAGAUGUUCAGGACCGAUGGCCAGUCAAGGUCACAAUUCAGGCAGUAGACCUGGCAAAUAUGACUAUGGCUGGUACCAUGGAGGCCUUUGACGUGCCCAACGCAACACACCCAUCGCCCGAAACAUGCACCCCAUCACCUCCCAUCACGACAUACCUGGAAGGACAGAUAAUUGACCUGAACGUACACACCUUUCUCACACCUGCCAACUCACCAAACACAGGAGGCAUUGCGUUUCCUCCAACGACGGCUCAAACAGAUGCCUCGUACUGGCGAAACCUACCACCCUUCAGCAGCAUGAAGUCGGACGAAGACGUUGCUCGAGCAAUGCUGAGUCGGGCGCAGAUGGAUGAGAUCAUGUCGGAGUGGAUUUUCAUGCGCUGGAAAGAGCGUUGCUUUAUCCAUUCUGAAACAGAUCUGUGCCACAGGCAUACCGACCAUCGUACGGCUGGCGAAGGGGACGACAAUGAUUUGAAUCACGGAUUGACGAUUAGUGGAUUUUAUUAUGUUAGUCUGCGGAGGAGCGAUGGGAAUAUUGAUGGUCUUUAUUUCGAUACCAAGACGAGUCCAUACCAACAUUUGAGACUUGGUGCGAGGAGCAGAGGGACGCUCGGGUCAUGGCAGUUUAAGUGA